GACUAGAACUAGUAUCAAACUCCAUUAGGAACCCGGAAUAUCCGCAGCACGGAGCUACCUCGUAACCCAGCGUUUCCAGCCUGGUGAGCAAAUAAACGGGAACAAGAAGGAUGCGGGAGGGCGCUGCCCAGAGGCGCCAGAGGCAGUGGCGGCCAAUACUCCUUCCCUUCCUGCUCCCUUUGUUCAGCCCCGCGCUCUCUGAGCAGAUCCGCUACAAGAUCCCCGAGGAGAUGCCCACCGGCUCGGUAGUGGGGGACCUCGCCAAGGACCUGGGCUUCAGUGUCCAGGAGUUACCCAUGCGAAAACUACGUAUCAGUUCCGAGAAGCCUUAUUUCAGUGUGAGCACAGAAAGCGGCGAGUUGCUAGUGAGCAGCAGGCUGGACAGGGAGCAGAUAUGCGGGAAGAAGCCAGUGUGUGUUCUGGAAUUUGAGGCUGUUGCUGAAAACCCAUUGAACUUUUAUCACGUGAGCGUGGAGCUGGAGGACAUUAAUGACCACAUGCCAAAAUUCAUGCACACAUUCUUUGAAUUGCAAAUAAGUGAGUCCACAAAACCAGGGACACGAUUUAUCUUAGGAUCUGCCCAUGAUGCAGAUGUUGGAACCAAUUCUCUGCAGAAUUACCAGCUUAGUCCUAAUGAUCAUUUUUCACUGGUGAAUAAAGAGAAGUCAGACGGUAGUAAGUACCCUGAAAUGGUAUUGAAGACACCUCUAGACCGGGAAAAGCAGAAAUCCUACCACUUGACCCUGACUGCUUUGGACUUUGGGCAGCCACCCCUCAACAGCACUGCACAAAUACAAGUCCUAGUGACUGAUGCCAAUGAUAACCCUCCAGUGUUCAGCCAAGACAUAUACAGGGUGAGCCUUCCAGAAAACGUGCACCCAGGAACCACCGUGCUUCGGGUGGUGGCCACAGACCAGGACGAAGGUGUCAACUCCGAGAUCACGUUUUCUUUCAGCGAAGCUGGUCAGAUCACGCAAUUUAACCUGGAUUCUAAUACCGGGGAAAUUACUACUCGAGGCACAUUAGAUUUCGAAGAAGUCAAAGAAUAUUCCCUUGUUUUGGAAGCAAGGGAUGGUGGGGGAAUGAUUGCACAAUGUACGGUGGAGAUAGAAAUCCUGGAUAAGAAUGACAACGUCCCUGAAGUGUUAUUCCAAUCUCUACCUGACUUCAUAAUGGAGGACGCUGAGCCAGGAACUUAUGUCGCUCUGCUUAAAACCCGCGACAAAGAUUCUGGACGCAAUGGAGACGUUGCCUGUAAAUUAGAGGGUGUUGCUCCAUUUAAAAUAAUCACUUCUUCAAGAAACACAUAUAAAUUAGUGACGGAUGGAGUUCUAGACCGCGAGCAGAAACCCGGAAUACAACAUUACUAUCAGAGCCACUGACAAGGGUGACCUGCCCCUCUCUUCCAGCAAAAUUGUCACCUUGCGUAUUGGUGAUGUGAAUGAUAACGCGCCAGUUUUCACAAAGGUUUCAUAUGUGGUCCAUGU